AUGUAUGGUCCACCUCUCCUGAGGGAUACUUUUGAAAGACAUGUACCUCAGGGAGAGGUGGAACAUAGAUCCUACCCAUGUCCUACUCGUAUCCUUCUGCCUUGUGGCUUUGGCCAUGGGACGCCAAGCUACGAGGAGGGGAGGCCAUUCGACUACUCCUACGUCGUCAAGGACAACUACCAAAACCUCGACUUCGGUCACAAGUCCACCUCCGACGGGAAGGUGGUGACCGGCGACUACCACGUCCUCCUCCCCGACGGUCGCAAUCAGACCGUCGUUUACACCGCCGACGGCUACAACGGCUACCAGGCGCAGGUCGCUUACCAUGGAGUAGCCAAUUACCCUGAAGCCAAGCCCUAUGCCCCUGCCCCAUCCUACGGCGCCACUAGACCCACUUACAAAGCACCUGCCCCAGUCUAUGGAACCCCAGCUCCAACUUACGAGGAACCCCAAACUCUCUAUGGCGCUCCCGAAUACUGA